GGCGCGCCGCGUCGUUACAUUUGAACGAGUGGCGGGAGCCCGGGGCGGACUCCGCGGGACCUGGAGCGGGGCGCCGGCUGGGCUCGCCAUGGCGCGGCAGCUGGCCCGGGAGCAGGGCAUCACCCUGCGCGGCAGCGCCGACAUCGUGGCCGAGUUCUUCUCUUUUGGCAUCAACAGCAUUCUGUAUCAGCGCGGCAUCUACCCGUCCGAGACCUUCACCCGCGUGCAGAAGUACGGCCUCACCCUGCUGGUCACCACCGACCCCGCGCUCAUGCAGUACCUGAGCAACGUGGUGGAGCAGCUGAAAGACUGGCUGUACAAGUGCUCGGUGCAGAAGCUGGUGGUGGUCAUCUCCAACAUUGAAGACGGGGAGGUCCUGGAGAGGUGGCAGUUUGACAUUGAGUGUGACAAGACGGCCAGAGAGGACAGUGCGCCCAGAGAGAAGUCUCAGAAAGCCAUCCAGGACGAGAUCCGCUCGGUGAUCAGACAGAUCACGGCCACCGUGACCUUCCUGCCGCUGCUGGAAGCUUCCUGUUCCUUUGACCUGCUGAUCUACACAGACAAAGACUUGGUUGUCCCUGAAAAGUGGGAAGAGUCCGGACCCCAGUUCAUUGCCAAUUCCGAGCAGGUCCGCCUGCGUUCCUUCACGACGACCAUCCACAAAGUGAACAGCAUGGUGGCCUACAAGAUUCCUGUCAACGACUGAGGGAGCCGGUAAUGGAUCCCACACGUGCUCCCGAGACCGCAUCAGCUGUAGUUCUUGUUCUGUUUCAUUGAUUACUUUGAGGAGGGGCUGUGCGUAUUCGUACUGUUCCAUCUGUGGGUGCCGGUUUGGCUUUCUGUGGGGUUGACAUGAUUCCCAUAGGGCUGGCACUGUUCCAAGGGAACCAGCAGAUCCCAUCAGCACUGGAACGCCAGCUCCUCUGAAGGUGGAAACUGGAGAUGAGAAACCUUUGCUAUUGCCUUCCUAAAUCAGAACUUCCGGUCAAGUAGCCUGACUCCAAGUCUAGGUGAACAUGCAAGAGAAGUCUGAAUAGUCACAAUCUGUGUUUAGUUCAAAGUAACUGAUCAGCCCCUGUAACAGUCUUCUUAGCAAGUCCUUCUGCCAUUCAUUUCUUUGUUUAGUUUCCAUAUUGAAAAACCCCCAAUUUCCUGACUUUAAUGUAUAUAAUUGACACUUAUAAAUCUGUCGCCGUUUCUCCUGUUUCAAUUCUGCUGAUACAGAACUCUUAAUGUCUUUGUGUGUUUUAGAAAAUCAAGCUUUAAAUGAC